UAGGAGAAGAUACGAGAGGACGAAACGAGAGGCCGAGAGUAAAGGAUAAUAAGAGGGAAGGAGAGACGCGCGGAUGUAAAGGGUUAGUCGAAUAUAAUCGAUGGAGAGUUACGAAGAGGACGACGACACGCAUUUUUGCAUCAAGUGCCACCUGACGAUGCACGGCCUCGAGAAUUACGUGCGACAUCGUCAGUCCGGAUGUCGACCGCCGGACGACAAAAACGUGGCCGUUCGCGUGUCGCCCACCACACCGACCACCGUUUCGUAUCCCGAGAUACUGAACGCGGACGCGUUCUUCAGCUCGUUGGAGUUACGGAGUAGCUCGAAACCGAAUCCUCGGAGAACGACCGGUCUGUUGGAGGAGAGUAGAAAAUUGAAAAAGGACGACAAGAGGAGAAAGGGUGAAAAAACGCAGGCGGAAGCGGAGGAAUCCACGAGCAAAGAGAAGCUUCACGGUAUGCUGCCCGGUGUUUCGGAACUGGAAGAUCCGACCGAACAUCUCUGCAUGCCACCUUUAGUCGGGUUUCCCGAUAUCGUCUCCUCUACCGGCGGUAAGCCGACGGUCGCGGGAAAUCGAACGAAAUUAAAUCAAUCGAUGGGUCACGUUUCCGGCAGUAUCGAGAACGCCGGCUUCUCGGCGAAGCACGAGACGGACAAUUCUUUGGAAACCCUGAUGACGUCUCCUCACGCCGAGUCGAAGCAGACGGAAAGAAAACGGCAAGAGGAUACGCAAAGAAUGGAACAAGUUCAUCAAACGUGGCUGGAAGACACGAUAUUGGCCGAGCUGGUAGCCAACAACGAGAACAAAGAUCUGGCUAGAUACGAGUUCGAAUAUCAACAGGAGGAGGACUCGGAGGACGAUAUAUUGGAGGAAGAUUUGGGAGAGGACGACUCUUAUUCCGAGUCCGAGGACGGAGAGGAUCGAGAACGUCCACCGCACGGUCAUACCGGCGGCAAGUGGAAACCGGGAUUGGAGGAUCUCCCUCAAAAUAUGUCUCAACUUCAGGACGACGAUCCGGAAGCCGAGGACGAGCAGCAAGAGCAUCCGCCGCCCACGUAUACCGGUGGAAAAUGGCGACCCACGGAUAGUUCGCAGAAACUCGAAGAGUACCAGGGUAAGGACAACGCCGGACAACCACCGCCGGGACACACGCGAGGGAAAUGGGUACCGGGUGCACGGACGGAUAUCGAGUCAGGAUAUUGGUGUAGUCCUUGCGGCAGGAAACUUGCCUCUCGAUUGGUCUACAACAGGCAUCUUCUCUCUGAUUUGCACGCUAGAAGGAGCAUCCGAGAAAUCGAUGGGGUUCUUUGUCUGCCUCGUACCGGGAGCCUGCACGUUGCAAAAAAGACGUCGGCUCGUAAUCAAAAAAUCCGAGGGAUACCACCGGAGCCGCAAGAGGCGAAGAAAAGUUUGCGAAGACGGGAGAAAGAGAUCGUUUGUUGCGAGACAUGCCACGCUCGAGUCAGAAGGGUACAAAUGGGCAAGCAUUUGCUCUCUCAUUAUCACUGCCGCGUCGCGGGCGUAAAUCCUCGUGGGCCACGGGCGCGUCGGUUUUUACUGGAAAAUAUGGCAAACGUGGUUCGGCAGUGUCCCUUUCAAUGUUCGUCUUGUCGGUUUUACUGCAACACGGAGGCGACGUUUCUUCGUCACUGGCGAUCCGAGCUUCACGCGAACACGCUCGAACAGCUGGUUGAUCGUUGUUCGCAGAUCGGCGGCAGCUACAAAUGCACACCGUGCGAUUUUUGGUGCGAAGAUAACGAGUCCAUGGAAUCUCAUUUGCUGAGCACGAGUCAUCGCGACGUCGUUUCGAUGAUGAACGGUUCGGUGCCGGUGGUGGUCGGUCGUCAACGAGCGCUACCCUGCGGCAGUUGCGAUCGCAGAUUUCGAUACAAUUUGCAGCUUCGGUUGCACGUAGAGGAAACCGGUCACGUACAGAGUUUCACCGCGACCGACGAGUACCAGCAACGGAUCAAGUGCGAGCUGUGUCCGCGAAUAGUUCGAUCUUUGGUGGCGCUUCAACGUCAUCGUUUGACUCGUCACGCGACGAAAGACGACGAGCAAAAGGAGAAAGAGGAAAACGCGGAGUCGGCUCCGUACUUUUGCUCGUUUUGCUCGAUGAAUUUCGUUACGGCGCAAGAGGCCGUGUUGCAUCGAAGAACCUCCAGACACAAGGAAAUCGUAAAGGCCCGCAAACGUAAUCGAGAUUCGUCGUGCAGCACGAUUCGAGAGUGUCCCCAUUGCGCGGAGAAGCAGUCGAAUCUGUCGGAACACAAGACGCAUCUAUUGGAAAAUCAUCCCGAGCUUUGCCACAGAUGUCCUAAAUGCGGUACACUUUUUGCCUUGUCGCAAGACGUGACGAGGCACACGAGGGAGAACAAGUGUCGCGACGAUAAGAAAUUGAACGAGGCGAAAACGGCAGUCGUCGAAGACGAAUGGAAAUGCGGCAGCUGUAGCUUCUCCACCGAUUCUCGGGCGGAAUUUAUCUUUCACGAAGCCCUCCACGCCGGAACGGUGCAGAACGAACAGGGCAGCUCGAACUCUAGCAAAUCGUUACCGAAAUAUUCCUGUCCCGUGUGCAACAAAACGUUCGCCAAAGUGUCCUUGCGAAAUCACAUACGAAGUCAUACCGGAGAGCGGCCGUUUCCGUGCGCGAAAUGCCACGCGUCCUUCUCGAGACGAGCGGAUUUGAGCAGCCAUCAGAAAGAGUGCACAGGGCCUACGUCGUCCGGUUGGCCGAACGAAUCGGCUCGCAAACGCAGCUUCGUCUGUUCCGAAUGCAACGACGCCUUUUACACCAAACACGCUCUCCGACAGCACAUGUUACGGCACGCAGGGAAAAAGUACAAGUGUGGACUUCCGGGCUGUCCGACGGUGCUUCGAACAGCCUCCGAAUUGAGAUCGCACAGAAACUUGGUGCACCACAGCACGCCGUCCGACAGGCGAUACAAGUGCUCGGACUGCUGUUACGCGGCUAAAACGAACACACAGUUGCGUAGGCAUCGCUCUCGGCACGAGGAUUCUGCGAGCGCCAUGAAAUCGGAGCUGCGUACCUGUCCGUACUCCGGUUGCGCUUUUAAGACGAAAAUCGCAUCUCGUCUGCAACGACACGUACGAUUACACACGGGCACGAAGCCGUACAAAUGCCGUCAUUGCGCUUACGCGAGCAACAACUUGGAAAAUCUGCGAAAACACGUGCUCUCUACAAGUCUACAUCCAGGCAAGACCAUCUACGAGUGCGACGCGUGCAAGGGAGAAAACGUCGAACCGUUUCGGACGAAUUUCGUGAAAGAGUUACGGGCUCAUCUGCAGGAGGCGCACAACGACGAUUUUCCGACGCCCGGUCACGCGAACGACUACGUUCUACGGAUUUUCGAGACCCGUCGAGGUUCCGGUUCCAACGACGAAUCGACUUAACUCGUCCGACCGUUUCUCCCGCCAUAACGCUAUACGCGCGUGUACCUCGUAAGUCCGAACCGCGAGCAACGUCUGCCGGUCGAAGAACAGGAAUUUACGAAGCGUGUAACUCUUAAAAUCGUCGACGGACGACGCGCAGCGUUUCGAUCGGAAGAGUAACGGCGUCUCUCGAAUAUAUCGUACGGAUCGCUGUUCAUGAAUUAUCGCCGAUGCAUCCAGUCACGGACAUAGCGCACGGACUCGCGUUAGUUGUACAGGUCGCGCCGCGACUCGUCCGCGGUCGCGCGAACCGGUACACCCGUACUACGCCAGGAAAUAGUUAAACUGAUGUACGGUCACGUGGCACGUUACCGCGUAUACGAUCGAAUCUUUAUGCUCGAGAACGUCGAGAACGCGACGCAACGAGGUACCGCGGAUUAUUGCUCGAUACUUGUGCGCGGCGUCGUCGCCGAAGAAAAAGUUUGCCGAAAACCGUUCGCGCGCGUACGUUCACGAGUAAUUCGUAUGAUCAGAAAGUCGGUGGAUCGCCGCAUCGUCCACGAUGUCUUUGUACUCUAUCGACGUCUCCGAACGAACGAACAAAUAAAGUAGCGUUAAUCCGUU